AUGUAUCAUCUUGCUCGCUCGCUGUAUCUAUAUGCCACGAGCAAACCAGAGUACUCGAUCAUCCUCCUUGGCCUUGACAAUGCGGGAAAGACUACACUUUUGACCCAGAUCAAGGCCCUUUUCAACACCGCAGCCGAUCCUGCCGCUGGUCCGACUGGCGAUGCCGCCCCUUCGGAGACCGCAGGCAAUACAGUCCCUACAGUGGGGCAGAAUGUGGCCACGCUUGAUCUUCCCGACAUGUACCUGAAGAUAUGGGAUGUAGGUGGACAGAUGAGCUUGAGGAGACUAUGGACGAGUUACUACAAGAGUGCGCACGCAGUGGUCUUCGUGGUGGAUAGUACAGACAUCGGGAAUGGAGAGAUUGAGGAGGCGCCCAAAACACCUGGGUGGCACGGACGAAAGAAGAGCUACGUCGGGAAAUCGGACGACGAGGAGCCUGAGACUCCAUGGACACCCAUGACACCUCACACGUUGCAAUCCGGGUUCUUUCAGGGUAGGUUGGAUGAGUGCCGGGCCGUUCUCGAAAGUGUGCUAGAGAAUGAAGACACUGCGGGUAUACCGAUUCUGGUUCUAGCAAACAAACAGGACCGGGAGGAUUCAUUGGAGGUGGUGAGGAUAAAAGAGGGUUUCGUGCGGAAGGUUUUCGAGGGAGAGAAAGGAAACAUGAUUCGAGACAGUCGAGUGCUACCAGUCAGUGCACUUCAAGGCACAGGCGUGAAAGAGGCGGUUGACUGGGUCAAGAGCCGAGUGGUGUGGAAUAAAGAGGGCCGUCCUCCAGUCAUGAGGUGA